AUGGGAGCUGUCAGGUUGGGCUGGAGAGUGACAACAGGCGCACGCUGGGCACCCGGGCUGCAUCCCCGCCCGCGGCACGCGGCCGGAGAGGUUCCCCCGCCACGCACGCCGGGAUUGCCUUCCCACUAGGCUCCGGCGGCGCGGCUUGGGGAGAGCAGGGGAAGGCAGCGGAGGCGCGGUGUGGGGAACAGCGAAGAAGCCCCUAACAAAGCAGCUCUGGGAGGGCCGAGCGCCUCCGCCUCCUCCCGCAAUAGGUCCGCGAAGCUGCCUGUCACUGUGCAUAGGUAGAGGUGGCCAAUGACGUAGAGAGAAGGAGCUCGAGUUGGCGCGCGCGCGCGCGCGCGGCUCGGUUUCAGUGGGAUUGGUCCGAGGUAA